CUCUUGCUUCCAAGCAUGUCCUGUCUCGCUUCUGAAGCGUCGGUUCCUCCUAGGUAGUUGGCCCUGGCUCAGAUUCAGACUACCCCACAUGAAGCGAUAGGCAAUAAAUAGAAAACCCAAUCGCACGCCAUAGCUUAUCUAUGCCCUCCCCCAUCUGGUUUUUAACCCGAGCGACCGAGCCAUGGAGGUAGGUUACCGAGCACAAAGUCCUAACGGGGCCGGUUUCUUCGAGCAAGACGCUGCUUCGUUCUCGGUUCUUUGCUCGAAGAACUCGCGGGGCUGUGUCGAUAGCGCUGUCUCAGCGACCGUGACAUCAGACGGAGCGCGUGCAGUGCAUGUGCUCGCGCGAUUAUUAGCAUAUGAAUCCGAAGUUGUGUCCGAGCCCUAUGACCCUUUCACCUGUUCGUGAGUAUCGAUACGUCAGAGCAGUAGGUUGGAUUACCUUUUCUCCCAGAAUGGCUCGCAUUAUAUACCGUCAUUAUCCACUUUGCGUCCCGUAUCUCUCUCUCUCUCUCUCUCUCUCCGUCUCUCUCUCUCCCUCGCUUUUGCUCGCGAGAAAUCCCACCCGAUGAUCGAGCCCGUCCUUUUCUGCCUGCUUUAACUGAUUCCGGCAGCUUAUUCAAACGCUCUUUUUAGCAAAAGCUAGCUCCUACCACUCCUGCUCUAUAUCUGAUCUUGAUCGCCAGAGUCAGUCUCUCGCUCUUCUGAGCGUGAGAGAGAGAGAGAGAGAGAUGGAGGAUGCGGGGAGGUUGAGCCAUCUGUACAUGACGUAUUUCCUGUUCUUGUUCUCGGCGACCAUGGUGGCUCCGGUGGUCACCGACGUGACGGUCUCGGCUCUCUGCCCUGGCCAAGCUCGGUGCUCCCUCGCUAUCUACCUCUCCGGGAUCCAACAAGCGAUAGUGGGAUUGGGCUCGCUGGUGAUGAUGCCAUUGAUAGGGAAUCUCUCCGAUAAGUAUGGGAGGAAAGCUCUGCUCACCAUUCCCUUGGUUUUCACCAUCAUCCCCUUGGCCAUUUUGGCUUAUAGCAGGUCAAGGAAUUUCUUCUACCUGUACUAUGUGUUUCGGACUCUGACCGCUAUUUUCUGCGAAGGAAGCGUUCACUGCCUCGCCCUCGCUUAUGUGGCGGACAACGUCCCCGCGGGAAGACGAGCCUCCGCCUUCGGGAUCCUUUCCGGCAUCGGAUCCGCCGCCUUCGUCUGCGGCAACCUCUCCACCCGCUUCCUCUCCACUCCCUCCACUUUCCAGGUCGCGACGGCGGUGGCCGUGGUCGCCCUGGCGUACAUGAGGUUCUUCCUUCCCGACUCCGUCGUCGUCGGCGACGACGAUCCUCUGACUGCCCCGAUCGUCUCGAAGGGGAUGCCGGACGGUGCUUGCCCGGACGACGAUUCGGCGAACAAGGCGCACGCGUUUAAGAAGACGCCUUCCUUGGGGGACACCGUCGCCUUGCUGAGGAGCAGCCUGACGUUUUUGCAAGCAGCAAUUGUCGCCUUUUUUGGCAAUCUCGCUGAUGUUGGUCUUCAUGCUUCAAUGAUGUACUACUUGAAGGCACAAUUCCAUUUUAACAAGAAUCAGUUCGCCGACCUGAUGGUGAUAUCUGGAAUUGCGGGUACCAUUUCUCAGCUGCUUAUCAUGCCCCUUUUGGCUCCUGUUAUAGGAGAGACAAGACUGCUUUCUAUAGCGCUAUUUUUUAACUGCGUGCAUAUGAUUCUUUACAGCGUAGCCUGGGCUGCUUGGGUUCCUUAUGCUGCUGCUAUGUUCUCUGUUCUAUUCGUCUUCGCACAUCCUUGUAUGCGGACGAUUGUCUCUAAACAAGUUGGCUCGUGCGAUCAGGGCAAGGCUCAAGGAUGCAUUUCAGGGAUUUGCCAACUUGCCAAUGUUGUCUCUCCCUUGGUUUUCUCUCCAUUGACAGCUUUGUUCCUCUCCGAUAGUGCACCCUUCCACUUCCCUGGUUUCAGUAUUAUGUGCGUUGGCUUUGCAUCGAUGAUAGCCUUUAUCCAGAGUGUCAUGAUGAGAGUGGCUCCAAUAUCAGACGGCAGAGUUAGCAACUGCCAUACACUGGCCUAGAUUCUGAAGAUCUUAAUGCCCGGUUUUGCCAUAACGAAUGUCCUUUGGUCAAUUCCGGAGAGUCAUCGGUCCACGUAAGUUAAACCUGUAAAAUAGUGGUACUAGGGUCAAGAGUAUGUAUUUUUUUUUCAAUGGGGGCAAGUUUUUCUGCAAUUCCGUUAGCGAUAUAGCGCUCAUCACAGCUUUUAAUCUUUAGAGUUAGUAUUAGUUGGCGUGUGAGUUCGAAUCACGAGUUAUAGCUGCGCCUCAAGGGGUACAGAAAUGGGUCUCACAGCGUAAUUCUGGUCACCCAUGAUCGACGGCAAUUGUCGACAAUGUGUAUUACUGGGGAAGCAAGCUGUUGCUUUAUAUAUGAUGAAAUAUGGGAAAGCUUUGGUCUCCUACUUACAGAUGAAAUGUUGUGGCGGUAUCUUGUAAUCAUAUUUUAGCAUUUU